AAAUACAGAAGGUCAUUAUUGCUACUUGUAUUUAUUGCCUGAACUCAUGCAUGCGCUGCUCAUUCAUUUGUUUGACUUCUUUCCUUAAAAAAACUGACAAUCCGUAGAAACAUGAAGGCGUCCUGGUUGCUGCUAUUAUGUUUCGCUGCAGUUUCUUUCCAAAAUGCAGUUGCAGUUUCAAAGAAAGAAGCUAUGAAAGUGAUAAAAGAAUGGAAGUACAUUGAUUACAAAUACGACAAUGAAGAACAGAAACAGUCUGCUAUAAACUCCGGCGAAUACAAUUACAAAAAUUGCUUUCCCGUAGAUGUUGAUCGAUGGAAUGAUAAAACUUUCGUCACUGUUAUCAGAGACGAAGGUGUGCCCUCAUCUUUGAACAUCGUAUCGAAGGAAGUGGGUAAGGGUGGUCCUCUACUCACCCCAUACCCUGAUUGGAGUUGGGCUAGUACUAGCAGUUGCAACAAUAUUAUAAACGUUUACAGAAUUGCGAUCGACAGGUGCGAUAGACUAUGGGUCCUGGACACAGGUGUAAAGGGCUCGGACAGAAUAUGUCCUACGAAAUUGCUCGUUUUCUAUUUGCCAACUUCAAAAUUGAUAAAAAGGGUCACAAUACCUGAUAACAUCGCGAUGAACACAACGAUAGGACAAGGUCUCUUAGUAACACCAGUCGUUCAAACUUUCGGACGCGGCUGCCAGAAAACAUUUGUCUAUAUGGCAGACGUCGAUGGCUAUGGUCUAAUAUUCUACGAUGGUUCAUUUUUCCGUCGAAUAACAUCGACUGCUUUGGAUUCCGAUCCGAAAGCCACGGUUUUCACGAUUCAAAAAGAAAGUUUCACAUUGCAAGACGGUCCUGUAGGAAUGGCCUUAUCCCCUUUUUCCGGGAAUAUUUACUACAGUCCAAUGUCCAGCUUUAAUUUGGACAUCGUUAACACUCGGUCCAUCAUUGAAUCAGGGGGGACUGGCGCGUGGUUCAAAGAGUACAAAAAUAUUUUGUGGACUCAAUCGAGUGCUAAAGCAAUGUCAGACACUGGAACUCUGUUCUUUGGACUUGUCAAUAAUACUUCCAUCGGUUGCUGGAACGAAUACAGACAACUUAGAAGAUCAAACAUUGAUCUGGUUGCCCUUAACGAAGAGAAUCUCCAAUUCACCAGCGGUUUGAAAGUUAAGAGCUGUGCCGGAAGAGAAGAUUUAUAUGCGAUGACUAAUAGAUUUCAAAAAAUCUCGAGUGGAAGUUUAAAUUUCAACGAGAUUAAUUUCCGAAUACUGAAAGGAGACGUGUUUACUUUAAUCCAGAACACUCGUUGCAAACCAGAACGUUAUCGAUACUAUUAGUUUGUAUUUCUGAUGCAGAGUGUAAAAAAUAUUUAGUGAAAAAUAUAUUUUAAAAACAGUAGAUGCUUUAA